AUGGAAGAGGAAGCCAACGAGCAGCAAGAUGAGUAUAUUCAAGGUGGUGAACCUGAGAAAAAGCCGUUUGAAGUUCCCAAAGAAGGGACUGUGUUUAUUUUAGAUUGUCACAAUUACAAUAACAUGGGGAUGGACGAAAAACUCAAAGAAGCUGUGUUGAACCACAUGCGAAGGACUCCAGUCUUAUACCCAAAAGACCGUUUUGCGCUUGUUCUAUUUGGUGUUGACGCUCCUUCGGAAAAAAUGCCCAACAUAGUUCUUUCUCACUUUUUGGGAUUCGCGUCGGGAGAGCUCUUCAAAAAGACGGAGGAGAAACUAUCACAUAUUGUCCCUUCGACCAAAGUUACGCCACUGAUUAGUGUGUUGGAGUUUGCCAACACCAUUUUCGAGAGAGCUGUUGAAAGUAAUCUCAUCAACCAACGGCGGAUAGUGUUUGUUGUGCCACCUGCGUUCUUUGAGACACAUGAAAUUACUCCCGAAAUCAACGCUUAUGUGACCUCUCAUUCUGUCGUUCCAAUCAUUUUCUCAUCACAUUUUCCCGAUUUUUUCCCGUUUCCGUGUUUCCAGUUAGAACGGUUGGAACGAGUGUCAAUUGCUUUUCACAAAAGUUAUGGGUACUAUUAUGACUUUGUUCCUUUUAACGGAACGCGGUGUCGGGUAAUUGUGAAUAACAUUUUUGCUGAUGUUCGUGCUUCUACUUUAGGAAAUGUUUUAGUCGAAAAACAAAAGUUUCGGCGAGUUGUUGGCAAAAUCAGAAAAGAUGAGAUUGAAGAGGCGAAACUGCGCGAAUUACCAGUUCCGACUGAUGAGGACGGAAAUUGGGAGUACGCCUACAACGCUAAGAAGCUUGUUUUUACCGAAGACGACUACCAGAAGUUGCACCGAAUCCCCGACGAAUUCAAAAAUAGUAUUCGGGUGCGUGGAAAAAUUGAUGUGGAUCUUAUAACUGAAACAAUCGGAAAACCGAUGUUUAUACGACCAACCGGGGAUUCGGUUGAGUGGUACGAGGCUUUAUAUAAAAGUUUAUAUGAAAAACACGUGGCGUUACGUUGCGACUUUUUAAUGAUAACAGCGAUGAGGGACUCUGUCGUUGUUGCAUUGGAAUCAUUUGAAGAGAUCUUCCCAAGGGGUUUAUAUAUACUUGUCAUUCCGUUUUAUCAAGAUUAUUUAACUAUUAAUUAUGGAGACAAGUGUUAUGACUAUAGUAAAAUUGAGGUGGCGUCAGAGGCUAAUCUGGCUGUUAAACGACUCAUCGAAACAACAACUAAAGAAAAUCUCGACUUGUUGCAACUCAAAAAUCCCGCAGUUCAAAAGAGAUUGGAUGUGAUUGCAGAGAUUGUCGAAGGAGAUGUGAGGGUGGAACGAAACCGAGAGAAUGAGAGACUUGCCAGAAUGAGAGAAACAGAAGAUGAGCGAAAAACGGAGAAAGAAGUCAACGAGGUCAGUGCUUUCUUUUAUGUACAGCCCAUUUUAAAAAACUCAAGUAGGAAACAGGUCAUACCUGAAAUGGGGGAAGAUGAAAUGCUCAAGAUAUUCAACGAAAUAAACGACGGAAAAUAUGCAAGAUUGACAGUGCCUAUUUUGAAGAGUUUUUUGAUGGCGUCGCACGUUGUUGUUACAAAUAAAGAUAAAAAAAUGGAUUUACUUGAAAAGGCAAAAAGACUUGUUGAAAAAAUCCAAAGUGAGAUGGAAAAAGAGGAUGAGGAGGCAGAACAAGGCGAUAACGCCAAUAAUGUUGAAGAAGCCCAAAACGAAGAGGAGCAACAAUAA